GGUGUUAGAACACAGAGCAAGGGGGACUGUUAAUGUGUGUCACACGGCAAAAGAGGAAGGGAGAACAUUUCUAAUGAAGUAUAAACACCUAAUUGGAGCUGCAACGUAUUUUUAUCCAAAAAAGGAAUACUUUUAGAUUUAUGGGAGACCAGGAGAACAUUUGGAGCCCAUAGAUCAUGGAGAAUGUGAGCACGUCUGCCUUGUUCAACCUAUCGGACCUACCAGUGGAGAGGAACUCGUCGUCUCACCAGUGGUCUUACUCGGAGUACAGUGAGGCCGAGGCAGUGCUGCUGGGCAUCAUCAUGGCCCUGCUGGUUUUGGGCAUCGUCUUUGGCAACGUGCUGGUCAUCACCGCCAUUGUGCGCUUCCAGCGGCUGCAGACGGUCACCAACAUGUUCAUCACGUCUCUGGCCUGUGCUGAUCUGGUCAUGGGCCUGCUGGUGGUGCCCUUCGGUGCCUGCUACAUCCUCCUCAACACCUGGCACUUUGGCAGCUUCCUGUGCGAGUUCUGGACGGCGGCAGAUGUCUUGUGUGUGACGGCCAGCAUCGAGACGCUAUGUGUGAUCGCGCUGGACCGUUAUCUGGCCAUCACAUCGCCGUUGCGCUACCCGUCCCUGCUGACCAAGCAAAAGGCGUGCGUGGUGGUUGUGACGGUGUGGGGCGUGGCCGCCCUAAUCUCCUUCCUGCCAAUCCACAUGAAAUGGUGGGUGUCUGACGAGCCCGAGGCGCUCAGCUGCCUGGAGAACGCCCACUGCUGUGACUUCAACACCAACGCAGCCUACGCCGUUGCCUCCUCCGUCGUCUCCUUCUACAUCCCACUGGCGGUCAUGGCCUUCGUCUACGGACGCGUCUUCCAGGAGGCCAGGAAGCAGCUGCAGAAGAUACGUGGCAGCGAGGGACGGUUCCACGCCCAGAUUAUCAACAACAACAAGGGGCAGGAUGGUGGGGGAGGAGGAGGGGGGAACGGGAAGAGGCCAAAGUUCUGUCUGAAGGAACACAAAGCCCUGAAGACGUUGGGGAUCAUCAUGGGAACCUUUACUCUCUGCUGGCUGCCAUUCUUCGUGCUCAACGUGGCGGUGACCAUCUGGAAGGUGGACAACAUUAAAAUGCCAUUCAGGAUAUUGAACUGGAUAGGAUACGCCAACUCAGCAUUCAACCCCCUCAUAUACUGCAGGAGCCCUGAGUUCAGAUCGAAGGGAUCCCCAGAGAGAGCCAUCCAUGAGACCGGGUCUGGUAUCUUGUAAGUUAACAAUGAAGAUAGGUAUGGCGGACGUUUGUGCAAGAGGGCUUUAUAAACAAAAAGAGUGCAAUGCAUGGAUCUACAAGACUUCUACUUUCUGAUACAGAAUACAGUGAUGUGUACUGAACCUAUUGCCCGUAAUAAACCGUAGUGUGUCCAAUAGCUUCAAUACAGUGAUGUGUACUGAACCUAUUGCCCGUAAUAAACCGUAGUGUGUCCAAUAGCUUCAAUACAGUGAUGUGUACUGAACCUAUUGCCCGUAAUAAACCGUAGUGUGUCCAAUAGCUUCAAUACAGUGAUGUGUACUGAACCUAUUGCCCGUAAUAAACCGUAGUGUGUCCAAUAGCUUCAAUACAGUGGCAGCUGCAUUCAUAUGGACAAUAUCUUCAUAGUCUGUAACCGGUAUGAAUGUUGACUGAAUGAUUUGAUUUCUCCUGUCUAAUGAAAGGCAUAACCUAUUCCUAUAGAAUUCAUGACCUAUUCCAUUUUAAUUCUUAAUUUCUUAACUAAUUCGUCAACAUGCUUUUUGAAAGAGCUUUUUCAUCCAUCCAGAUGCCCAGAUAUUUACAAGCGAGGACAUGGUCAAUGAGGGCAUCAACCAAUGUACAUAUCCAGUAUAUUCAUUCAUCAUCAUAUCCAUUAUUACGGGAUUUGGAGAAUAACAUAUACUUGGUUUUGCCUGCAUUAAGUAUGUAAGUACAUACUUAAGUCAGAGUUUGCUCAGACAAUGGUGCUUUGGAGGUUUGAUUUCAUAGGAAUACAUGAGGUACUGUUAACUCACUAACUCACCCUCUUUGUUAUGGACACAAGGACACUUUUGAUGUACUGUAAAUGUGAAUAACAUAUUAUCCUUGCAUUGCAAAAUGUUACCAUGAAUAUAUUGUGUAUAACUUCAGACACGUAGCUACAAAAAGUACGAGACAUGGUCUUAGAUAUUUACGUAUCAAAAUUAUUUAAUUCUACUGAAAACUUGUCAUUUGCCAAAUGAAAUUACUGUACAUUCUCAGAGGUAACAAAGGCAGAAUAUUUUACAGCUGGAAAUGUUUUAUUAGAAAUAAAUAUUUGCUAGAAAUAUUAGCAGUCAAUUUUAUUUUGUUAAAUGUUUAUUUUCAUGUCUGACAUGCUAGGUCUGAGAUUAAACCCAUUCGUGUCUGUUACGUUCUAAGACCUGGUUCUGUGUAGUGAGAGAGCACACUGCCCCCCUCUGGUAAGGCUGUUAACUGGAGCAGACAGGAGGAUCCGUCAACACUGUUUAUAACCAUAUUUUUCCAGUCCAACGCUUAUUCUCACCUCUGCUGCUCCCCAGCCCUUUUAUAGAGACAUCCUGUUGCUAAGGCCAGUGUCCUACAUUACAGGACAGGACAUUGCGCCUGGAUUCCAUGAACAACAUGACAUUUCAUAUGCCCACAGCUGUUGUGCACUGGGAAGCACUGAGGCAGGCAUGAGAAGGACUGACUGGUGGAGUUCGUCUACAGGGGUUCACACAUCUCUUCUGACAAGGAGACGAGAAAGAUGCAAUGGAAACAGCUGUGUCCAUGUUGGACAAUAACACUCACUGGACUGAAGGGCAGCUCUUCUCUUUUGCACAGAUAUUGAUCUCCACUGUGGGAAGGAAUGGUGCCUCUGACCACUGAUCAAAGAAACUGAGUUUACAUUUCUCAAUCUCUGCUGGCCUGAUAUGAGUCCCAAUCUAAUGCUCCAGGGAAUGUGGCAUUGCAGGUUCCACACUGUAGCUGUUGCCAUGAUGGUAAAACGAUGUACAGUUUCAAUUGCAUACCUUUUAGUCAUGUGAAUCAAUUCUGCAAGUGUAAUGUAUUUCAAACAUUCUGUAUUUGCUAUUACCUUAUAGCGCAGGGGUAUUCAACCGGGGGUCCACGGCCCCCUAGGGGCCCACAGAGGUGCUGCUGGGGGUCUGCAAAAUAUAUAUACAAUUAUAUAUGUGUAAAAAUAUUUUAAUGAAUGUCGUUAGCAACAACAGAAUAAAUCAAAUUAGAAUGUCAUACCUACAGUAGAAAUAGGAGAAUAUCUUAUUUCUUAUGAUGGUAAUUGUAUUUCUUAACUCCUAAUAUUGAGCGAAUUACAUUCAUUAGAGACAAUUAUACUCAUGCACCUGCAAAUGAAUUAAAUCAAAAAUGUAUUUGUCAUAUGCUUCGUAAAUGACAGGUGUAGACUAACAAUGAAAUGCUUACUUACUGACACCUUCCCAGCAUUGCAGAUAGAAACAAAACAGAACAUAAUAACACAAUGAAUAAAUAGACAACCAGUGUUGCUGGUUGCUGCGAAGUU